UAAUAAUUUAACAAGACCCGUCUUGUUGAUUGAGAGCGAGAGAGAGAGAGAGAGAGAGCGUGUGUGACGGCGGGAAGCAGCGAUGUCCUUGAUGCGUUUGAGAAUCAGAAGUGCCUGCCAAUCUUUGCGUUUUCGUCAACUAUGUACAUCCACAUCCAAAUCCGAUACCACCCACCACUUCCUAAUUUCUACCUUCAACAGAGACACAUUCCUACAACACUUGUUCUCCAUCCCAAUAAUCCAUCAAACACUCUCUCUGGGAUCCAAACCCACCUCACUCCUCACACCCACACUCCGUUUGUUCCAUCCCAAGGAUCUCAAAAUUUCUCAAUAUCUCAACCCCUUUUUUCUCCUUCACCCCAAUGGCUAUCCCCAUUCCAGUCACACCCCUAUUCUCACCUAUAACCCUUCCACCCAACAAACACUAACUCUUCCCCUUGAUCCUCAUUCACUCACUCCUGAUACAGAUACCGCUACUUUGUCCGUUGAUACACAUUUUGGCUUCGACCCUUUAACCAAAACCCACAAAGUGUUACGACUUAAAUGGACAGUUGCUAUUCCAGAACCAUAUCCUAGAGUUACUCAAAUGGUGUGCACGGUUUUGACACUAGGCUGCAGCAGCAACGGUUCGUGGAGAAAGGUAAAGAUAAAUCCUGAGCUGCCUUUUCAUUCUGUCAAGUAUAUGAGUGUUGGGAAGAGUGUGUGUAUUAAUGGUGUAAUACAUUGGCUACCACAGUAUGGGAAUUCUAUUGUGGCUUUUGAUCUUAAAGACGAGGAAUUUAGACUAAUCCCACGUCCCCAUGACUACAAAGCUCAAAACUUUAUACUGCCACUUAAUCGAUUAAUUGAACUUGGUGGAUGCUUGGCUUUGGUAGCUGACAAAUACAAAUAUGGUAAUCGCGAUGAUGAUCCCAUUUUGCAGUUGUGGAUACUAAAGGAUUACCACAAUCAUGUAUGGGUUAAGGAGGAAUUUUAUGUUCCAUUUUAUUGGGGGGAUUGGGAACUUUUUCCUAUUGGGACUGUUCCCUCUGGGGAGAUAAUACUUAAGGCGCUUAAUUAUACUGGCGGGGUGAUGUUCUAUGAUAUGGAGGGACAAGAUUUCAAGAUGGUUGAUAUAACUGGCUUACCUGAAUGGGUUUAUUCAAGUUGUUCUGGAAUUAACACAACCGUUUCUGUUUAUGAGGGCUAGUGAAGGUCUAGGAAAUGGCCUCAAAUUUGAGAUUUGCAUGAGAGCAGCAGAGGGUUGAGUAUGAUGGAGCGUUCUAUGUAAAAGGCCCAUUUGAUAUAAUAUGGUGUUGUUUGUGUCGUUGCAAUGGGGAAUCAGUGGACCACCUUCUUCUUCAUUGUAAGUUCUCUCAUGCCUUAUGAUGUGAAGUUUUUGCAGUGUUUGAGAUUCAAUGGGUAAUGCCAAGGUCAGUGAAAUCUUUUUUAUUUAUUUAGAGAAACUAGUUUGGAAAGCAUCUUUCUAUCAUUUGGAACAUGGUCCUGGCAUGUUUAAUGUGGUGAGUCUGGCAGGAACGUAAUGCCCGCAUUUUUUAAGACAAGGCGAGAACUUUGGAACAUUUAAAAUGUUUACUUUUUCGUACUCUGUUUCUUUGGGCUCGUAUUUGGGGGGUGUACGAACUAUAUUACUGUAGCUAAUUUUUCAGUUUCUAUUUCCUUUAGCUCUUGAUCUUCUUGUAUUUGUUUCAUUGUUCAAAGUGUUCACCAUCGUGAACAUGAUGUUCAAAUUUUUUCAAUAAAAGUCUUAUUACCUAUCAAAAAAAAAAAAUCAAGACUUUGCAUUGGAGGCAUGCAAAUAGGUUUGAAAUUGACACUUAGUUAAAGAACUUGACAAGUUUGUGAGGGAGUAAUUAGGUAGCAUAUCUCGUUGCCUUUAUUCAUUGAGAAUUUUUGGGUGGACAACAUAAAACAUAGCUUUUGUCCCUUGAGACUUAAGCCUUCUGAUGUCACAGUCCACAUUGCUGUCUCCAACUAAUUUGACAGCAGACCAGAAACUCAGUUGUCUUACUUGCAUUGUUGCUUUGGUCUCCCAUAAGCUCUUUAGCAUACCUGCAAAUUAAAAUCUACUAGAAUAUAGUUGUUCCUUGACUUCCUUCAAAUAAAGCCUGGUCUCUAUUCUUUCUUACAUAUGGACCAUUGCAAUAAUGAUAUUUGCAUUGUCAUCAAAUGGUACUUAAGGUUAUUGUGCUUCAUGUAACAAGAUUCUCAAGUCUCAAACCAUUGUUUUAUGGAACUUUGCUGUAGAAGACUUGUACUUAAAGUCAGUUUAGAUACAAGCCAAACUGCCCUCACUAAAUUACAAUGAAGCAAUAAAUGAUUAAUGUCUUUAUUAUUCUUAUCGGACAACACAUACUUUGUAUGUACCUUCAUGCCUCUUUUGACGAAUUCAACAUGAGUUAAUAAGUAGGAAGGGAAGGGCAUUAUUAUGGGUGGCAAACUUGGACACGACCCACGAAAAUGACACGACAUGACACGAAAUUACACGACACAACACUACACUUAAAGUCAAUUUAGAUACAAGCCAAAAUGUUCUCGCUAAAUUACAAUAAAGCAAUAAAUGAUUAAUGUCUUUAUUAUUCUUAUCGGACAACACAUACUUUGUAUGUACCUUCAUGCCUCUUUUGACGAAUUCAACAUGAGUUAAUAAGUAGGAAGGGAAGGGCAUUAUUAUGGGUGGCAAAAUUGGACACGACCCACGAAACUAACACGACAUGACACGAAAUUAGCAGGUUAUGAGUCGAGGUUUAAUGGGUUCAUGUCAUAUUCAGGUUGACAUAACUGACCCGUUUAAGAAAUGAGUUGGGUUAGUGUUUAAUCCAUAGAACCUGUUUGACCCGUCUGACCUGUUUAAUUAAAUGAGUCAUAUUAGGUUUGAGGAAUCUUGACCCUUUUAAUAAACAAGUCGAAUUAGUGUUUACGUAUAUAGUCGAAUACUCAUGAGUUGACUUGAUAUGAACCCAACUCGUGAACAAGAAUUGCCACCCCUAGGCAUUAUGUCCUAAUUUCCACAAGUUGUGCUUUGUUAGCUUAUAAUUUGGUAGCUUAUUUGCGUAAAGCUAUUUUCCUCCUCGUCCUUGCAAAUAAGCUACAAAAACCUAAUCUAUGGCAUCAUUUUCAUGAUAAUAUCACUCUAUCAUCAGACUAAAACACCAAUUAGAUUUUGGUGUAAGUGGGAGUUUGAACCACAAAUCUUUUAUUUGACGACAAGAGAUUUUACCGAUUGAACUUAUUGGAACCACACUCCUACAGUAACAUUAAAUCAUUUGUUGUUGAGAAUCAAUCUAUUGUGUGCAGUCUCUUGAAAACCCAACCAUUCAACUCAUUAUGUUGUCUUCUUAUUGUAAUGUGUUAUUCACCUAUAUUAACUGAGUAAGAAAUAUGGUACAUAUACCUACAUUUACCUACAUUUACAUGGUAGUUCUACAAUGUAAUGUAGACGGACGAACUCAAAUACGUGAAUGGAGAAUUGAUAUGACAUCAAUUAAGGUGGAGCCAAGUAACAAGAGCAACUCAUAGCCAGCCAUAAACAUGCCAGGAUAUCUGCUCUUUAUCAUCAACAGUUCUAUAGACACUAAUCCCUUCUAUCUUUGUUUAGUAGGAAAAACUACAAAAGAAGCAACUUAUGUCAUUAGAAUGCAGUAGUCAGUUCCAAAAUGGGAUGCAUAUACCCUUCAGAGUAAGUGAUGAACAACAGCUCCAACCAUUAUUGUGGAUGCCUAAUAAUGAAAGUUGGCAUAUGAUUUUUCCCAAGGGCCCAAAUUUGCUUCCCCAUAGGUGAGUGUUCUCCUAAAAAGCAGUCUUCGUGCUACUCCAUGCAGAUCUGUGUAUGAAAUGGUAAAAAAAAGAAAAAGUCAUGUCUUGUUUUUGGAUUAGAUAUUAUUUUAUAAGAAGCAUAUGAUAGGGUGAAUGUUUAAACACAAUGUAUAAUGAUAAUCAUGAUAUUCCAUAGAAGAAUUCAUGAUUGAUGCCUUAAUCUAAUAUUUGUCGUCAAAUCAAGCUGUUGUUUCUUAUAGGCAUUUGGAGUGCUCUGCAACUUCCCCCUAAUGGAGUUAUUCUGGCUACUUUGGCACAUGUAAAAAUUUCAAGAUUCCUAAUUCUGGGCAAGAAAAUAGCAUGCUAAAUCAGUUAACUUACUCUGCUUCUUUGAGGCUACUUUUGACUUCUAAGUGUCUUUCCAAAAAUGAACUUGGUAAAAUAUAAUGUGAUUUCCUUAUUACAUUUCAGAACAAUUUUGCAAUGUAAUCUAACUUGAUCUUUUUUAA